AUGGUGGAGAUGUUUGAAGGAGAGCAGUUCUUUGCGGCUUUUGAACGAGGCAUCAACAUCGAUGCAGACCGCCCAGACUGCAUUGAUGGAAGAAUUUCAUUCAGCUUUUACUCUCACUUGAAAAACGUGAAGGAAGUCUAUAUUACUUCGGAAGUGGACAGAAAAAACGAAGCUGUGAAAGGGCAGGUUUCCUUUUAUCGGGGAGCUGUUCCAGAGAACAUUCCUGAAGAGGCUGCCAAAAAGAGGAAAGGCCCCAACUCCCAUUGGCUUGCGACUCUGCCAAUCAAGCUGCCUAAACUGAAAUCUCAGGGGAAUGAGCUUCCUACAGCCAAAAAUGGCUUCUCUCUCCCUCCUCUGAAUUUGGGGAGUGCUGAAACUGGAUACUUGACACAAUCUAAUCUGCUCGGCAUUGCGGGACGCAUCGGAGCUGAAUGGCAAACGAUUGGCUUGAAUCUGGGCUUCUCCUAUCAGCAGAUCCAGCAGAUAAGAUACAAUAACAGGGAAGACCUCAGAGCUCAGAUUCUGGAUAUGCUCUUUUCUUGGGCACAGCAAAAUAGAAGGACCCCUGGCUGCAUAGACAGGCUGAUCAGCACCAUGAAGGAGAGCGGCCGCCAAGACAUAGCAGACGAGAUCGAAGCUAUCGUCUCCCUGGGAAGGCAGAAAUACAGAGAAUCCAUCCAGCGAGUGGGCCUGGACCAGGAAAGCAGUGCCGAAGACUCUGCCAUUGCCAUGGUGUAGCUGCCGUGUAAAGCCCCCGUUGAGUUACCUGGGGUUGGAUCCGUCAGGAGGGGCUGUCAGUGAAAGACUCUCAUGGUCACAGAUAUUGCCCAGUAUCCACACACACACACACCCCGGCAGUCCCUUCCAACCUUAGGAAAGCUGAUUCUUGGGAUCACAGGAUCCAGGUGGAGCCUAGCUGUGCAGGUCAGUGGGCUGCAGGGGAAGAGAGCGAA